UUUAGGGAAAAGCGCUUCCUGUUGCUACCCGAGAAGCGCAUUGAAGCACUUCCGGGUUACUUCCGCAUUGUCUUUGGACGCGAGGUUUAUUUCUCUCCAACGUGUCUUAAAUUUCAUUCUUAAUGGUCUUCAAAAGUCUUCAAAAGUCUUCAAUUUGACUGUGAAACCUGCAGAAACCCUGAUCCCAGACUCCUCAUCAUCAACACUGAAUAUGCUGAGGAGGCUGAAGUCUGAGAGAGAGAUUAGGGAAGACAUGGGUCAAGGAGGCGUAGAAACAAGGGAAGUCGGAGUUCAGGAAAAGGACCGAAAGAAAAAAAAGAUGAAAAAGUUGAGAGACGAGGAGACGGAGGAAGAGGAGGAGGAAGUCGCAGUGGAGAUCGAGGAGGCUCCGGAAAAGGGACGGAAGAAAAAGAAGUCAUCGAAGAGAGCAAAAGAGGAAGAGAGCGAGGGAAGUAUAGAAACGUCGGAUGCAGGAGUUCUGGAUAAAGGAGGAAAGAAAAAGGGAAAGAAAGGACUGAGAGGGGAAGAGACGGAGGAGAAGAACGCAGAGGAGCUCGGGAAGCGAGGGAGGAGAGUGCUCCGGUGAAGCAGAAGAAGAAAAAGAACAAAAAGACGGAGGACCGAGACGUGGAGACGGAGGAAGGGUUGAGGGCGGAAAAAGACCUGAAGAGAAAAAGGGAAGAAAGAGGUUUGUGAGGAAAGCGAAAGGACGGAGGAGAGCGGCUCGGGCAGCGGCGACCAAGAGAAAACUGAGAACAAGAAACGAAGGAAGGAAAAGAGCGGCGGAGA